CCUUGUCCAUAUUCUACGUCAUCCUUAUCUGGAUUCUCUCAUUGCUUUACCGCCACGACAGAUCGCACUCUGCAUUUGUCUCCAAGCACCGCAUUCCUCAUACGACCAUGCCGUUCCUGCACGUGACCUUACGUGGCGCCACGGACCUGCCCUCCAGCGACUUCAGCCUCGUGGGUGGCAAGAGUGACCCGUACGUGAUCUUCAAGCUCAACGGCACCAAACACCGCAGCCCGUGUCUUAAGAACACGCUCAACCCCGUGUGGGACCCUCCUGAGCACUACGUCUUCCCUGUUUCCGACGCUGCCAGUGCUGUGCUUAACGUAGAGGUCUAUGACAUGGACACACUGAACCCGGACGACCUGCUGGGCACGCUCGUGGUGCCUGUGGCCAAGUUUGCGGACGAAAUGGAGGUGUCAACACUCGAGAACUACCCACUCUCGGUGGCCAGCGAGUUCUCGAGCCAGAAGCGCAACAGCACGCUGCUAUUGGAGAUUUGCCUUAAAGAAGUGGACGAUCAGGAGCGUCGCGUAUAUGUGUGGGAGAAUGAGAGCUGGUCUAUGGGCAACGGCUGGAAACCCACCAACAACUCGGAGCGGCGCCAAUGGUCGGCCUACGACGACUCGGCCACCUCCGCCACCUUCUCUGAGGUGGCUCCGCGUGCGCCCGCCAAUAUGACUGGAUCGGGCUGGCAAUACUGCUCCAAUCGCGGAGACUCGCAGGGCUGGUCGUACGCCAAGACUUUUGCAGGCCCCUGGACACCAAACAAACCAGCGUUCAGCUUCGUUCGACGUCGUCUGUGGGAAAACACGUUCAAGCGUGAAAGUGACUGAAAGAAGAGUUGAAUGUAUGAAUGUUGCAUGAUGAUAUUUGGCCCAGUACUAGCUAAGGCCAUCUAAGAAAUGUAUUAACGUUAUUACUGCGUGUAUUAAUGUCCAAAGAGGUCG